AUGUCCUUCAAGGAGCAGAUCGUGGUGGACUGCCGGGGCCACCUCUUGGGGCGGCUCGCCUCAGUGCUGGCCAAGGAGCUGCUGAACGGUCAGCAUGUGAUCUGUGUGCGUGCGGAGGACAUCAACAUCUCCGGAUCUUUGUACCGCAACAAGUUGAAGUAUGCCAACUUCCGAAGGAAGCACAUGAACUCCAACCCCAAGCAGGGGCCCUUGCACUACCGGUCCCCCUCGAAGAUCCUUUGGCGCACCAUCCGGGGCAUGGUGCCCCACAAGACGGCCCGCGGCAGCGCUGCGCUGGACCGGCUGAAGACUUUCGAGGGUAUCCCCCACCCCUAUGAUCGAAAGAAGCGCAUGGUGGUGCCUAGCUGCCUGAAGGUGCUGCGCCUGCGCCCCGAGCGCCGGUUCUGCCGGCUGGGGGACUUGUCCCAGCAGGUGGGCUGGAAGCACGGCGCUCUCAUUGACCGCCUGGAGUCGCAGCGGAAGGUCAAGAGCGCGGCCUUUCACAAGAAGAAGGUAGCCACCCUGAGGGCCAAAAGCGAGGCCACGCGGGCGGUGAAGUUGUCCUCGGAGCAGCAGCAGCUGCUCGCCGCUGCAGGCUACGCCUGA